ACAAUCGUGUGUAAAUGUCAGCAGCACUGACGGUGCUUACAGACUUAGUCUGUGCCAUAGACUUCAUGCCUUGGAGAACAAGAUUACCUCAACAGGAGCUCCAAUGUGACAGGAUAAAGAAGAUCUUGAGAACCCUCCACUAAUUUAAUCAUUAUACCUUCAAUAAGGAUACUUGCUUCUGGCUGGGACUUCUCAACACUUGAGAAAUAUGGCUCGGACAAUGAAGGUGAUCAGACAGGUCUUCAGUCUUCUUUUUAUCUACUGCUUCCACAGAAGUUUUCAAAAUUCAGUUUCUUUAAUGGUGAGGUUUCGCAUUCAGGAGGAAGUAUCCCUUGGCACAGUGAUUGGACGUAUAUCUGAUGCAUCAGGCUGGACAGAGGAUGCAAAUGAAGAAUACAAGCUUAUACAAGAGACCAACACUUUUCCAGUACAAGUGGGUUUGAAAAAUGGAUCUAUAAGCACCACAGGUCGUCUGGACAGAGAAAGUCUUUGUCAUGUUCAUGGACGCUGCAUUCUGUCUUUUAAUGUUCUAGCAACCAAGGCCUUAGCUCUAGUUCAUGUGGAAAUUGAAAUCCUGGACAUCAAUGAUAAUGAACCAAUGUUUCCAAAAGCUGAACUAGAUGUAGAGAUCUCUGAAAGUGCUUCCCUUCGUACCAGAAUUCCACUUGACAGAGCUUGGGACCCUGACAGUGGCAGCAAUGCUGUGAAACUAUAUACUCUCUCUCCAAAUGAACACUUUACAUUGGAAAUUAUUUCUGGUUCUGAUGGUGUCAAACAUCCCGAACUAGUGGUGGUAAAAGAAUUGGACAGAGAACUGCAAUCUACUUUCAGCCUUGUGUUAACAGCAUUAGAUGGAGGAUAUCCACCGAAAUCAGGGAUAACACAGGUUAGGAUUAAUGUGUUGGACUCCAAUGAUAACAGCCCUAUUUUUGAGGAAAGCUCUAUAAUUUUAGAAGUCUCAGAAGACACAUCACCUGGUACAAUUCUUAUAAAUCUCACAGCUACUGACCCAGAUCAAGGCCCAAAUGGGGAAAUUGAGUUUUCAUUUAGCAAACACACACCCCACCAUGUUCUCAGCAUGUUUAGUAUUGACCCCAAGUUAGGUGAAAUAGUUCUGAAACAGCCACUUGACUAUGAAAGCAGACAUUCUUAUGAAAUAGAUGUACAGGCAAAAGAUUUGGGCCCUAAUCCCAUCCCUACUCAUUGCAAGGUAGUCAUUAAAGUUCUGGAUAUUAAUGAUAACACCCCUGAUAUUAAAGUCACUUGGGCUACUCAAGAUUCCCCUGAGAUCAUUGUGUCUGAGGCUGUUCCAUUGGGCAGUUUUGUUGCUUUGGUUAUGGCAAAUGAUCCAGAUUCAGGUUCAAAUGGAGAUGCGCACUGUCACCUUAUUCAAGACCAUGAACAUUUUAGGCUUCAAAAAGCUAAAGGAAACAGUUAUAUACUGACCACCAAUGCCAUUCUUGACAGGGAAAAAUGGGAGGUGUAUGACAUAACUAUCCAAGCCCAAGAUCAAGGUAAACCGUCUUUUACAGCUAAAAAGUCAUUAAAAAUAUUUGUUCGCGAUGCCAAUGACAAUGCUCCCAUUUUUCAGAGGCCUAUAUAUGACGUUUCACUAUAUGAAAACAGAGGUCCUCCCACUCAUCUUCUCACUGUAAAUGCUCAGGAUGUUGACUUUGGUGAAAACGCAGAGGUUACCUACAAGAUUAUUGACUCUGUUAUCUCAGGGACACCACUAUCUACCUUUUUCUCUGUCCAGUCCAAAACAGGUGAAAUUGUUGUGCUUAAGGCCAUUGAUUAUGAGGAAAUAAAAGAAAUCCAAUUCUUUGUCCAAGCAGAAGACAAUGGUGAUCCUCGACUCAGCAGCAAUGCUUCUGUCAAGGUGUUGGUAAGAGACCAAAAUGACAAUAGCCCAUUAAUCGUGCAACCUCAACUUAAAAGAGGCCAUGCCAGUAUCACCAUCCUUGUGAAUGCUGAAAGUGGAUUCUUUCUUUCUGCCUCAGAAGUUACCAACUCAGAGGCUUUAGGAUACACAUCAGAUGAGAUAUUAUCAGAAACUGCCAAACUUAACAAACACCCAAUAUUUCAAGUAAUUGCCACUGAUGCAGACUCAGAUGAGAAUGCUAAACUUCUCUACCAUCUGUUGGAUGACUAUCAAGGAUUAUUUGCUAUGGAUGAACAUCUUGGAUACAUAUACAUAAACUCCAGCAAUGCCAGCAACCUAAUAGGUAGUGUCAUGGACUUACAGGUCACUGUCAGAGACUGUGGAAUUCCAUAUCAGGAAACCAAAGCUCAACUAACAAUUAUGUUCACUAGCCACUUGGACCACUUGAAAAAUUCAGCUAGUGAAACCAAUAAUAAGCUGAGUCUGUCUGUGGUAAUUGUUAUUUGUCUGUCUGUUCUUCUAGUUGUAUGUCUCCUCAUAUUGGCACUCAUAAUGUCCUUUUGUCGAGUAGAUAGAAAGGACAACAGAGCAUACAACUGCAGGGAGGAAGAAUCUGCCUAUAGGAAGCAACCAAGAAGGCCUCAAAGGCAGAUACAGAAGGCAGAUAUUCAUGUAGUACCUGUACUUAGAGGUCGGCAACAACCACAACCAGUGACACCAGUAGAGGAGGCCAAGUUAUUUCCUAUGCCAGAUGAAGGACAAGAAGUUCCAGAGGAUCAGACUCUCCAUACUCCUUUUCAUCUCACACCUAGACUAUAUCGCACACUGAGGCACCAUCAUAACCAGGAAAUAUUAAGUGAAGAUACUACAGAUUUAGAGCAGUCUUUCUCAUUACCUGCCUCUGUGUGUCGAACUUUACAGUAUCAGAGACAGAGAAGCUACUCUAGAGAGAACUUUGAAGACUACAAUGGAACUCUUCCAUUUAGUAAUAAAACCUUAAAGAACCCAGGUAGUCCUCAAAUAAGAGUCCAUGAUAACGUCAGCUCUUCUGAACCCAUGAUAUUCAAUGAAGAAAGCUUUUCUCCAGCAACUUCUCUCACUCUAAGAAGACAAAAGAAUGCUGAACAAUCAUCUAAAGAGCAGAUCUUGAGAAGCCUGGUGCGACUCUCGAUGGUGGCACUAGCAGAGAAGGAAGCUGUGGAACUUACCAUGCAGUCACCACAUGUGCAGCAAAUUUCACAGCUUUUAUCUAUGCUCCACCAAGGGCAAGUUCACCCCAAGACACUUCACAGAGGAAACAAGUACUCAUCUAAGUCUGGCAGAACUGGCGGGCAAGAGACUGAUGGGCAGAGCACAAAGGACAGUGGCCAUGGUGAAAGUGAAGCUGGGGAUCUGGACUCUGAGUCUGGAGGUGACUUCUCUACUAGCCAUAACUUCCUGGAGGACAAUCUCGAGACUCUUCUGGGCCCUCAUGCAGGUUCUAAAGGCAACCGCUUGAGUGAUCUCGACCCUGGAUGGAUAGCUCGGCUCUCCUUACCUUUGGCCAACAGCUACAAGGAGAAUAUUUUCACUCCUAAUGAUCAAAUAACUCUGGAGCCUCCAAUCACAGCAUCAGAGAAAGAAGAUCUAAGGACCUUCCUAACAUUUGGCAAAGCUUCCGAUGGGUCACAAGAUAACAGAUUGGCCAGCACUUUUCUCUCUGAAAUGAGCACCCUCUUCGAGAUGCUGUUGACACAGAAAGCCGAGUCGCAUGGGGAUACAGCUUCCGAGGUGCUAAUGAGACUUUCUGCCUGCAGCAAGAGUAUGGAUAGUAGAAAUGAUGGCACUAGGAACUAAUAGAUUGUGAAAUUCAUCACUGACACUUCAAUUUCUAAUUGCUAGUCAGUUCCUUUGUUAACUCAUUCAAUUAUUUAG